GAAUGAGAUCUCAAUCCCUCAGUAGACGUAAGUAAGUAGUACAACAGCAAAUCGAAGAAGAAAAUCAACGUAUAAAGUAAAACAUCUCAAAACAUUAGGUUUAAAUUGUUGGAAAUAGCUAAUGAAAAGAAGGUAUCAUCAUAACAAGUUAAACUAUGUUAAGCCAAAAAGAAGUUAUAACAAUUAUUUAGACAUUAAUAAAAUAUGAUGGAGAAUCUUAUUUUGAUCUAAAAGAUUACUAAUGCGUAUUUAUUCGAGAUCAUCUAGAACUUCAUCCAUUACUCAUAAUGUCUAGUCCCAAGAUUUUCACAUUAGCAAAUUAAAGCAACUUCAUAGAUAUCUGCAAGAUGAUGAAAAGAGUUUGUUUAAGUAAAUAUACAACUUAUAUGAUACACAGACCUUCAAGUAUACAGAGUCCCAACCAUUCUUAAUCAAAUUCCUACAAUCCUUAACAUACUAGAACACUUGAUGCCACUCACAUCAAAUUAUCAGAAUUUCGGUUGUAUUCAAAUGGAUAAUUGCUUUAAUGA